CACUUUGGGCAUGAGCAUGGGAAAUCAAUUCCUCCUUGAUAAUCUUCCCUACGAAUUACCUUACUCUACAGAAGAUCCUCUACAACCCCAUCAAACACCUUUUCCCCAUGUUCCCAUUUCUACUCUCCAAACACCCCAUGUCUCAUCUUCAACUGUCCAAACACUCCAUAUACAAUCUUCUUAUCAUGUCCACAACUCUACUCUCCAAACACUCCAUGCAUCCAAUUCAAUUUUCACCAUUGGAAACCCCAGAGAAAGACGAGCAGAGGAAGAAGAAGAAGAAGAAGAAAAAGAAAAAGAAGAAGAAGAAGAAGAAGAAGGGCUGGGCCCCAUGAAGGAGAUGAUGUACAAGAUCGCCGCGAUGCAGCCGGUAGAUAUCGACCCAGCCACAAUCCAAAAGCCCAAGCGACGGAACGUCCGGAUAAGUCACGACCCCCAGAGCGUCGCAGCACGCCACAGACGUGAACGGAUAAGCGAACGGAUACGAAUCCUCCAGCGCCUCGUUCCAGGUGGAACGAAGAUGGACACAGCAUCGAUGCUCGACGAGGCGAUCCGCUACGUUAAAUUCCUGAAGAGGCAAGUUCAAGAGCUGCAAUGCAACCAACACCCACCACCCAUCGGUCCGGUUGGACACUUGUCGGCCUGUGAUUGGCCCCUCAGACCCAUCCCUCCGGUCCCCUCCUCCAUAAGACCACCUGGGGAUCUAGCGUUCAGCUUCAAUGGUGACGAUGGCACGUGCGGUGGCAACCACAUGCUUUAAGAAAUGAGGUACUUAAUUAGUUAUUAGUGAUUGGUAAUUAGAUGUUUUAAGUGAAUAUGAUGUGUGUGUGUCUGUGUAUUGGAUUAAUAAGAGGGGUUGUAUGGAGAAGGAAGUGUACAUAUGUGACGUAUAGAGAAAUGUACUUGUGACCAAGGUGGUUACGAUUUCGUUGACAAAGUGGCCCUCGAAUCAUGAUAACCGUUACCUUGUGUUACGUAUAUACAGAUGUUAGGAUGUGAAUAUUUUAUUAUAUUUGAGGUUGAGUAUGAUCCAUCGUGUUGGUUGAGGAUCCGCGUACGUCACCCAUUAACUGACAUGCUGUAGGUGGGAGGAUGGAUCCAGACCGUCUGUUUGGUUGAUAUUUAUUGUAGAUGGUAUGCUGUUGAAAAUCGAGCUAAUUGGUUGAUACCAGGCUUUAGUUUAUUUCCUUUUUCUUUUGACCGUUCAUUUGAAGGCGGCCUUCCAUAUUCACAUGGUAUUUUGGUUGCUGUGGCUUUCAUUCAUGGGCUGGCCUUCAGUUAUGUGUAUAUUUCCAAUUUUCCAUGCGAGGUUUGCUAGAAUAUAUCCGUAUUUGGGAUGGAAUACAGUAUGACUUAGCCUUUAGAUCUGGGGUCAUUUUCCAAUGAUCAAGACCGUUUAUACCAUGGAUCUACCUUGGAUGGUGGAAAUAAAACAGUAGUA